AUGUCAUCGGAUAUUGUUUAUCAACGCCCUUUGUUUGGGGGAAAAAUAUCAUGCACGUUCCCCAAUAGAUUCCAGGAUGUCAGCGAAAUUCGCCAAGUCCCUGAUCAUCAGGAGGUGUUUGCGGAUCCUAGCCGCGAUGAAAGUUUGAUUGUUGAGCUUUUAGAGUUUAAGCCUGAUGUUGCUGAUAAUGGUAGUGCUGUGUGGUUUCUGCAAGACCUUGCUAGGGAACAAGAUGCUCAAGGAACUGUGGUUAUUGAGCAGUCAGGAGUUCAUGAAGCACCCGGUUUGAUGUACAAUAGUAUACCAGCUGCUGUAACAACUGCAGUAGGCCAAAUGGCGAUCUCUAAGGGAAGACAGGGAAGGGAAGCACAAAAUAUUGUGAAAGUUCAUUUGGCAAAUUUGCGUAUUAAAGGAGUUGAUACUGAUGUACUAAUCACUGCAUAUGAGCCUAUUGUUAUAAAUCCUUUUAGCGAAAGCGCGGAUACCGUUGGUGCCGGCAUGGCUGUUCCUGCUGCACAAGCUGGAUGUAUGCCAAUGGAAGAGGUCUUUAAACUUGCUGUUACAAGCUUCAAGGUUUAUGACUGGAGUCUUUUUUGA